CCGAGCUCCGGCAGCAUGUCGGACCCGUGUUGGACGACAGUAUUUUUAUGGCUGCUCUGGCUGCCACACCUCCAGCAAAAUGCCUUGGUUUCUGGUGAGGAUCUACCACCGCCCUUCCAGCGGAUCUACCAAUCGGAACAGACGGUACGACGUUCAAAGGCUCAGGAAAUGGCCAGUCAUGUGAACAAAAGCAUCGAUCCCUGUGUGGAUUUCUAUGCAUAUGCCUGCGGCAACUGGAAGUCAACUCUAACGCCACAGGAGCAACUGCAGCAGCAAACAGACCGGGAGCUACUUCUGCUCGUGGAGGAGCCUGUGAGGAGAGAGGAUAGCGUCAUAGUUCGACAGGCCAAGGAGCUAUUCAAGUCCUGCGUAUCGGCACAGGCUCAUCAGAGCCAGCAGCAGCAGCAGUUCCUCAGCGAGUUCAUCACCCAGAACGGAGGCUUCCCAGCUGUUCCCGGUUCCCAAUGGGCAGUGCAUCACCACGACUACAAUUGGCUUAGUGUGCUAGGUGGUCUAAGGCUCCGCUAUGGAAUGGACAUCCUAAUCGGACUCCGAGUGGGCUAUAACUAUGCCAAUGUAAAUGAGAACAGCUUGUAUUUAAGUGAACCGAGCACAUUGAUUCCCACCGAAUUGUGCACCCGGAAUCGCUCAGAUAUUCGGGACUCCAUUUACGAACCCCUUGAGCAUCGAGUGGCAUCCGAACUAAAGUCUUGGUUGGCAUUGGGACAUGACGAAUCCGCUCGUCUAGCUGCCGACAUCCUUAGUUUCGAGCAUGAGUUAUGUGGUGGAAUGAAAGGUGGAUCCUUAGAUCCCUGGGAUGCCGAGGAGCAGCUCUAUCUAGCCAACUACACCCGCAAAACGAUCGAACUAGAUUUGGAUUCAUAUGUAAGGGCCAGUUUUGGCCAGGAUAUUUAUAAGCCCGUUUACAUGGCAGCACCGGAAUAUUUUCGCCAACUUAAGCGCACUGUGGGUGCCCACAACAUAAGUCUAGUGGCCAACUAUAUAAUGUACCGAGCGGUGUCUGCUCUGAAUUUUCCUCUGGACGAUCGCCCGCAGUUAAGGAAACGGGAGUGCUUGGAACGAACCAAAGAACUACUUCCCACGGCAUUGGGUGAAUUAUACGCCCGACAGUUUGGAACUGAAGAUAGCAGAAUAGAUUUGGACAACCUUUAUGAUACAUUAAAGACAGCUUUAAGGCAAAGUCUGGGUGCGGAAUGGUUGGUGGAAGGCACUCAGCGGGUGGGUCAGGAAAAACUGAGGAACCUAAAGCUGCAGAUGCCCACUUACGAGCGUCCAGUGAUCCUUAAACUGCAGCUGGAACGUGGCAAUUAUUGGCAAAAUCUCCGCCAGCUGUUGGGAGUGGUUCAGUCCCAAAGAAACAAUCGACUUUUCGAAGAGUUUGUGCCUGCUCCCUCCGAUCCCGUGGAGGCCUAUGAGGCCAGGGUGCGACUGAGACCAGUUCAGCGUCGUUUGGAUAUGGGUUUGGCCCUGCUGCAGCCACCAGCCUACGAUCCUCGCUAUGGCCAUGCCAUCUGCUAUGCCACAUUGGGCGUAAAGCUGGCGCAACAGUUGGUGAUGGCUUUCGACGAUCCCCAUUGGUCGGUGGGAUUGCUGGAGCGGGAUAAUUGGGAUGGUCAAACAGCCUGGCAAUAUCACAUUCGAAGCAAUUGCUUUGCCCGCCAGGUGGACAAUUAUUUGAGGCCCAAUGUAAGUGCCACCACGCAGCUGAUCACGGACAGCGCAGCCAUCAAUGUCGCCUUUCGGGCGUAUCUCACCUGGCUGGGUUUCCAGGAGCCAAACAACGACUUCACUAAGCUGACCAAGGAGACUCUGCCGGAUCUUAACUACUCAAACACGGCACUAUUCUUCUUAGCCUAUGCCCAACAGCAUUGCAGUCUGGAGGAGACUCGUCCCAGGGAUGAGCAAGGGACUCCGGAAGGAUACCUCUACAGCGCACGACAGAAUCACACCUGGACUCGCCUGCUUGUAAACGGACCUUUGCGAAACUCAGUUGAAUUUGCGAGUGAAUUUCGGUGCCCCAUUGGAUCACCCAUGAAUCCUGCAACCAAAUGCAUCAUAUACUAACAAUAAUUGGAUUUUAAACUAUUCUGAAAUAUACUGUAUUUCACUUAUUGAAUUAAUCUGUAUUGAAUUCUUCUUAGGCUAACGUUGAGUAAACUGCACAUCUAAACAAU